CCCACGCGGGGGAACUUUUAAGACCCUUUAACCUCACUUCUUCGAUUUCUAACCACUAAACCGAAAUAUGGAUAACACUUUGAAAAACAUCUCGUUCUCCGAGAAUACCUCAAUCUUUGAGAACUGCACAGACGACUGGACACCAGAUGGAGAGGAAACAGUGCAUUUCAUCCUUCGAUGCGUGAUUCCGUCGGUGUAUAUACUUAUAAUAACGAUUGGUCUGCUGGGCAACAUCACACUUGUGAAAAUAUUCAUCACCACGAGCGCGAUGCGAAGUGUACCCAACAUUUUCAUUUCCAGCUUGGCCGUGGGAGAUAUUUUGCUUUUGGUCACUUGUGUGCCUGUGGACGCGAUCCGGUAUUUCUACGAGGAGUGGAUCUUCGGAACAGUGGCUUGUAAGAUGAUCCCUGUGAUUCAGCUCACCUCGGUCGGCGUGUCGGUGUUCACUCUCACGGCGCUGAGCGCGGACAGACACAAAGCUAUUGUGAACCCUAUGGACAUCCAGACCUCCGGCGCCGUAUUCUGGACCUGCUUGAAGGCCGUCACUAUAUGGAUCGUCUCGGUGCUGUUGGCUGUACCAGAGGCUGUCUUCUCGCAGGUGGUUCACAUGCCCUACAAGAACACGACGUUCACCGCCUGUGUGCCGUAUCCCCUCUCUAAUGAGAUGCAUCCCAGGAUUCACUCAAUUAUGAUUUUCCUAGUCUACUUCCUCAUUCCUCUGAGCAUUAUCUCUGUCUACUACUAUCACAUCGCAAGGACACUUAUCAAGAGUGCUCAUGAUAUGCCUGGUGAGAUUAGCGAGCACUCCAAAAGACAGACGGAAACAAGAAAGCGUCUAGCCAAGAUCGUCCUGGUGUUCGUGGGCCUCUUUGCGCUGUGCUGGUUCCCCAACCACGUUCUCUACAUGUACCGCUCCUUCAACUAUCGACAAAUCGACUCGUCGCUGUUGCACCUCAUCAUCACGCUCGUGGCGCGCGUGCUGAGUUUCUCCAGCUCCUGCGUGAACCCCUUCGCCCUUUACCUGCUGAGCGAGAGCUUCCGCAGGCACUUCAACAACCAGCUUAUGUGCAGACGUCGCAAAUACCAAGAGCGCAACAGCAGUUACCUCCAGAGCACCACUGCCAUCCGCAUGACCUCUAUCAGGAAGAGCAUACCUGCUGUAGCCAAUGGACAUGGACAAAAGACAUUUAGCGUCUGAUCUCAGAACUGCUCAGCUUUGGUUUACUAGACCCAGUCAGUGACUUGCGUUUAGAUUUUGAAGCAUUAGGUGACGCAGAUGUGUGGCGGUUAUUGGAGCGGGAAUGACAGAAGGAUUACCGUUGUAAAUAUUGCAUGCACGCUUUUCUUUCUUUCUGCCUGUGCCCGGGAAUGAAAUUUGCUUUGUUUCUGAAACAAUAUUCUUAUUGCACCCAGAAAUUAUGGAUAUCCUGAAUACAAGACUAUAUUUAAUAUCAAGCAAAAUCCAUUUUCUACCAAUAAAUAUCGGAUCUGUACAGAUCACAAUAUCAAUCAUAUUUCCAUUUUCGUGUAAGGGAUGCAGGGAAGAGAGGAACAGUUUUUUAAUAUUUGAUCGAAAGUGCACUUAAUACAGUAAUUGAAUGUUUAGUAAAUAAAACGAGCAGCUUUGCUUUCACCAAUGAAAUUAAACAAAGAGUUUGACUGACAGGGAUAUUACACAGAUGCUCUCAAAAUCAUUCAUUUCAUCUAUGCUCGCGUUCCGUUUCUCAGACAAAUGCAAUAUAGUCAAUUUAGGAGCAACAGGAGCUUCGACACGGCUCUUUCCGGUGAAUGUUAAUGCCCACAAUGAUAUAUCAGACAGGUCGUACACUCAAGGGUAAACUGUGGUGAUUAGAUUAAUAUAUGCAUAAACAGAUUACGAUUCAACAUGAAUAUCAAUUUCUCUAACAUGUUUCCCUGUACCUUCCAAAAUAUGAGCCAUAAGGACAUCGAGAUGAGGCAGAAAGAGGAGCAGCUGCGUAUGAUCUCAUUCACCAGCUCACCAGCAGUAUGACUUUCAAAUCUGUCCUUUUGUCAUGAGCCACAUCAUACGGACUAUAUGUCCGUAUCUACCGCUGUGGUUGAUUUUCUAUAACGACUUCAUUGGUUGUGACAUCAGAAAAACAUGGAAAAUUGAACAGGCAGGCAACCUUUAAACCACAUUAUCAAUCUCUCUCGAGGUCCCAAAACAACCCGAAAGAUGAAGCAUCUAAAAUAUGCAACUCAACAUGAUUUUGUGUCCAAAACAAAAACACUUUUGUGAUCUCAGUGGUUCUACAUGUCUUUUCAUAUGAACACUACUGCUGUGUUUCAACAUUAUCCAAUGCUCAAUGAAAGUGAAAAAAAAAACGUUUUGGAUUUCCCCUGUAUAGUUGGAUUAUCAACUAUACAGAUCAUGUUUACUGACGACUAAGCCAAAUCUGAAUCGAAUGUAUUUGGAUAAUGAAAAAUCGGCACAGGGUUAAUACUUUGAGGUCUCCCAACCAAUCACAAUGUUUAGCAGCAAAAGAGUUUUGAAAGUAAUCCAAAAUGAUCAAGCUGCUUAGAGCUAUUCAUAUGGAUAUUUAUGGGUAGUCUUCAAUAAAUAGUGUACACAAGUGACAUUUUUAGACAUGCCAAAAUGCCUUUAAACACAGCUGACUUAUUGACUGCAAUAUUUCUCUCAGAAUGUAGUGUUCUACAAACGUUUUUGGAUUUCCCCCGAUUCUCACUGUUCCACAAAAGUAGGAUCUAAAUGUAUUGUGGGAUGAUCGAUUAAACCGACCCUUCACCCAUUUCCUGUGUACUUAAUUAGUUUUUGACUGUGAGAGUAAAUUAAAUGUAUGGAUUCACUUACAGUAAAUGGCAUUCUUAUAUAGGAUCAAGCAAAAAACAAUCAAAUUGCUCAAUUAUCUCUUUAAGGAAACGUACAGAAAAAACAAUGUAUCACGUAAAAGCAGUGUAAUCCAUAAAAGAAUACAUCUUUGCAUAACUGAGGUACAAUAGCUUGCCAUUUUACAUUUGCAUACAGAUUUUUAAAUUCAACAAUAUACAUUUUUUAAAAAGCCAUGAACUCCUAAAAACAAGCAAACAAGCUAUUUUAACAUAAUAAUAAUAACUAGAUAGGUACAUUUUCUGAAGAAAAUGUGAGUGAUGCUUUGUGGCAAACCGCGGA